AUGACCGCCAUGAUCACGUGGGCCGAAGGAGAGUCCCGCCUCCUCACCGCCAAGGCCACCGCCGCCCGCCGCCUCGAGCGAUGCCUCCUCCUCCUCGAGCGCCACGCCGCAGACCUUGCCUCCCGCGCCCUCGCCACCCACGCUGACAUCGACGCCACCCACGCGCGCCGCCUCGCCGUCGCCCGCAACAUCAGCUCGGCCAACGGCGAGAUCGAGGAUGCGCAGCAGAAGGCGGAGGAGUGGGACCACUUCUACGAGUCCAAGAGGAAGGAGAUGGAGGAGUUCCGGCCGUCGUCUCCACAGCCUCCAUCCACCCUGGUUAAGUUCAGCGUGGAGGUGCCUCCAUUGAUAUGCCAGGAGUGCUACCAAACAACUCUUCUCGAGUACUCAAAGCGUUUCGAGUAAUCAUGAACUGCAGAUAUAGAGUUCCGGGCGAUGUUGCAGCGGGAGCUCGUCAGGAAGUGCAGAGGCUCAAGCCCUCUGCAUCUCAACUGCAGGCAGCCAUGCAGGAGCUGCAGAGCAGCGGGUUGCACUCGGACGACGCCGGGAUCGGGGCUGCGGAAGCCAGGAAGACCGACCUCAUGGCUAAGAAGGCCAAGCUGGACGAGACCCUGGCUGCAACCCGCCAGUUCAGAGCACUGCUUCGGUAGUAGCUCCAGAAAGCCUUCGCGUCACAGGUUUGGGAUCAAAAGGCAGCACAAAACUGACUAGUUAAGUGGUACAAGAAAAAGACAUUCAUCAGCUAGCUCAUCAAUUGCUUCGGAUUAAGGAUGCAAUGCAAGUGUGGCAGGCUAGUGGACAGUAACAUAGUAGUACAAAUGUAGUGUUACUUUUAGGCAAGUGUUGAGCAAAUUUUGAACUAAUGGAUGAGUUUCGUGGGACGAAGCGGGCUGCCACUUGCACUCCUCCUACUGAUGAAACGAACUUCAAAUGACUCUACAUGCAGAUACAUGCUUUUUAUUUCAGUCUUGUUUAGAGGAGGCCCCGGCGGCAUCGAGCUGCUGUUGCUGCGGGCACAGCGACGUCGGCAUGGUCGGGAUGGCCGCAGCCCUUCAAGAUUCUCAACGGCGGCGUCUCGGCGCUGAUGGCAGAGUCGACGGCGAGCAUCGGCGGGUACAGAUGGAGUAGGAGGACGAGCAGCAGCAGCAAAUCAGCCUGAUGAUGACGGGGUGCAGAAGGCAAUGGUGAUCAUGUUGAUGGCAUGAAGAAGGCUGAUGACCACAACCUGGACCUUUUGGCAUUUAGAGAUGGAAAACACAAGCGGAAUGGAGACAACAACCUGGACCACCCACCUCCCUUGCCUUUUUAAUUUUGGUUGUGGUGGUUGCAUCACCAUCGCGGUUGCAAAUCAGUAUGUAGUGUGGUUCUGGAGUUGGGUCUAGACUGCAGUGUCCAUCCAGUAGGUUAGGUGUUGUUGCUGCUAGAUCGCAUGAUGCUCACCUAAGUUUUGUGUUAUGUGGAGGCCAACCUUUGUGAUCAUAUUUGUCGACACUUGUGUGAUCUCGUCUUA